GGUAGACAGAGAGAGAGAAAAAGGGGAAGGCAGAGGGAGGGAGGAGAGUAAUGAGACAAUAAAGAGAAGGUUCAGACACACACUGACAGAUUUCGUGGAUCAAGGUCAGGCAGUUCUCUCUGUACAACAGAAUGGCUUCACGCUCGACUAAAGUAUGCGGCUCUCCAGAUAUUCAAGAAGACCUCAGGAUUGUUCUGCUGGGGAAGACUGGCUCAGGAAAGAGUUCAACAGGGAACACCAUCCUGGGAAAUGAGGUCUUUAAGGCAGAAUUCUCACCAUCUUCUGUGACAAAGACUUGUAGAAAAGUAGUCUUCCAGUACAAAGACAGAAGAGUGAGGCUCAUUGACACGCCUGGGUUCUUUGACACAUCAACAGCAGAAGACGAGUUGAAAGAAGAAAUCGAGAAAUGUAUCCUCCUCUCUGUCCCAGGACCCCAUGUGUUCCUGCUUGUGAUGAGACUGGAUGUUCGGUUUACACAAGAGGAGAAGAACGCGGUCAAAUGGAUCGAGGACAACUUUGGUGCAGAAGCCUCCAAGUACACACUUGUACUUUUCACAAGGGGAGACGAGCUCGGGCAGAAAUCCAUUGAGACUUUUUUGGAGGAAAGCUCUGAUCUCAGGGAUCUCGUCAGAACGUGUAACGCCAGGUACAUUGUGUUUGACAACAAGAGCAUGAAUAAUCGCACUCAGGUGAAUGAUCUGUUUGAGAAGAUAGACGAGAUAGUGCAGUUAAAUGGUGGGCAUUACACCAGCAGCAUUUAUGAAGAGGCCCAGAGAAAGAUCAAGUCAGCUGAGAGGUGGAACAUCUGUGUAAAGUAUGCGCACAGGUUAGGUUCAGGCUUGAUAGGAGCUGCUGCUGGAGCUGCUCUACCUGCAGCUGGAGCUUUAUUCGCUGCAGAGGAAGUUGCUGCUCCGUCCAUUAUGUCAACUUUAAUGGGAUGGCUUUAGGGAUUUUUUAAAAUGUUGUUUAGGUUUCCAAGACUUUAAAGAUAGUUAAGUCAAGCUAUAACUUUCAGGAAAUUUGGGAAGUCUUACUUUUAUUUCCUUCCCUUAUUUCAUUUAUGCGCUCUGUGUAUGAGUCCCAGCCUGGGCCCCUCUUGAAAA